AGAAAAGAUUAGGGAAAAAAAACACAGCGCGUGAUCUGUGAAUGGAGGAGGUAGUGGUUCUGGCUUCUGGGCAUUGGAUCAAUCACUUUUCUGGGGGAGGCAGAGUCUCGGGUGCGAACGGCGACGCCGGGCUUGGGCGGCGUGGGAGAUCAGGUUUCAAUCGGGUUCAGAUUGCAGAUUGGAGGCUCUUGUCUUUCCGCAUCGGAUUUCGAUCUGCGCAUCAAAGAGGUGAGGGCGUUCGGGUUUUUGAUUAUUGGGUUCAAGUUUCCAAGGAGGCGAGGGGUUUUUGAGGCCAUCGAUGAUGGGUACGACUGCCCUGAAAGGCAUGUCUGAAUCUCUACCACACCGACGACGGAGUCUUCAAUGCCAUCAUUUGCGACGUCAUGGUGGACACUCCUUUCAGGGCAUCGGGAUGUGCCGCUUUGGGGAACCCAACGACGAUGAAGACCUUGUUGAGGUGGUCGAGGUUGUGGUAGAAGCUGCGGGAGUCGAUGCUCUGUGGUUGGAGUCUUGUAGAUGGGUGCUCACAGCGGCGGACGAGUCUUUUUUUGGGGUCUUCAUCUAACCAACCAUCGGUCAAACUAACGUCCGUUAAUACACAUAAGAGGUUCAAGUGCACAAGGUGCGUUGAAUCCGCUCCGCGUAUAGUAAGCCAAAACAAACAUGAAAAUAUCGGCAUGGAAUCGCACCCGACUGCCUACUUCCUUUUUCUGGAAACUGGAGCCUCAUCCCUGAGCUGGCUAACCAUCCCACCAAUCCCACGUCAAUAUUCCUCAGACAGGGUCAUUAACCACUGCUCGCUUCCAACGUCUACGUCACCGUUUUGCCCAUACUUGGCAUAAACAAGGCCUCAGCCGCCAUCAUCUUCCCUAUACACUCCCACUCUUAAUCGCGUUUCUGACCCCAUAACAUAAAACCUGCAGAGACCCAGUAAUUUCAUCUGGAUUAUUUUUUAUAAAUUAUCUUUCUUUUUCAUAUCUGUACAAGGUCUAUAUAUACGUAAGUAUAUAUCUCUAUGGCAUCGACGAGACUGAGCUACCAGACGUGCGGGUGGUCCUCGUCGUCGGCAGCAGGAACUACUACUACUACUCUCCUUCCUCCUCGCACCUGUCUCGGUGUGGUUCGUGCGAGCGCGAAGAAGAGAGCGUUUGAGCUUAGAGUGGUGGCGGAGACGGCGAUGGAGGCGGUGGAGCUGAAGAAGGACAUAGCGGAGUUCUACGACGAGUCGUCUGCGUUGUGGGAGGAUCUCUGGGGCGACCAUAUGCACCACGGCUUCUACGACCCGAAAGCCGAUGACGUUUCGGUUUCGGACCACCGCGCGGCCCAGACCCGGAUGAUCGACGAGGUGCUCCGAUUCGCCGGCAUUUCUGAGAAGUUGCCAAUAGGGAAGGGGAAGAAUGUGGUGGAUGUUGGGUGUGGGAUUGGAGGGAGCUCCAGGUAUCUGGCUAGCAAAUAUGGAGCAAAUUGCAAAGGGAUUACUCUGAGUCCUGUGCAGGCUCAAAGGGCCAAUGCUCUUGCUGCUGCCCAAGGCCUGGCCAAUAAGGCAUCAUUUCAAGUUGCUGAUGCUCUUGCACAACCAUUUCCUGAUGGCCAAUUUGAUCUGGUUUGGUCCAUGGAGAGUGGGGAACACAUGCCUGACAAAGCAAAGUUUGUUGAUGAGCUGGUUCGAGUUGCUGCCCCUGGAGCAACGAUAAUACUUGUUACAUGGUGCCACAGGGAUCUUGGUCCAUCUGAACAGUCCUUGAAGCCAGAUGAGAAGAAGCUCUUGGACAAGAUAUGCAAUGCUUUCUAUCUUCCAGCUUGGUGUUCUACUGCUGACUACCUCAAGCUACUCGAGUCCUACUCACUCGAGGAUAUCAAGGCUGAGGACUGGUCUCCAUAUGUUGCCCCAUUUUGGCCGGCAGUGAUUCGCUCAGCAUUGACAUUUAAGGGUUUCUUUUCUCUGUUGCGCACAGGAACAAAAACAAUAAGAGGAGCAUUGGCAAUGCCACUGAUGAUCCAAGGAUUCAAGAAGGAUCUAAUCAAAUAUUCCAUUAUUACAUGCCGAAAACCUGAAUGAUGGGGCUUCUCCACAAUGAUCUAAAUCAAUAAGUGAAGCAUGACAGUGCCAUUGGUGAUCCACAGACACAUGAAACUUCCCGUAACCCUCAGUAUGAUGGGGUUUCUACUCGAUGUCAGUGCAGUUUUAGUUAGUUCGUCUUCAAGUAUUGGGGAUGACGGGAAACAAAAUAAGUAGAUGCCUCUUAUUCAGCCCAAUAAUUUAUGCUCGAUGCGCCUUUUCCAUCGUCAGGCGACUAGUUGUAGUAAUCAGUCAUCACAAAUUUCUGUCAGUAACUCUUGAGAUUUCAGACUUUCUUUGAUAUUUAAACCUGAUAUGUAGCCUUUACGAUGUUAUUUUUUCGUUUAGAAAGAAAAUGAAUCAUUUGGAAACCAAA